UGUGUAUAUAUAUGGAGAAGCAUGCAUUAGUCAUCCAUAAAUUGAAAGAAAUAUGCUUCCAAAGAUGAAACUAGUGGUUCUCAUAUCGUUUUUGCUCCUUCCAUUCUGUACUUCAAAGUUUGGUGAUAGCUAUGGAGAUGGAGUUCUUCACACAGUCCAAUAUUCAGAAAAUAUGGUUGAAAAAAGUAUCCCAGAAAUGAUAGAUUAUCCAAAAAGAGCCAUAAAUCCAAACAAUGAUCAUAAAAGAAAUGGUUGGGGUCGUCCUGUGCGACCACCACCAUCGCAAAUGAACUCUAAAUACCAUAAGAUGCAACAACCGCCGCCGCAUAUGAAUUCUAAGAACGAUCAAACAAUAAACGGUUGGGGUCGUCCUGUGCGACCACCACCAUCGCAGAUGAACUCUAAGAAUGAUCAAAUAAUAAACGGUUGGGGUCGUCCUGUGCGACCACCACCAUCGAAUAUGAAUUCUAAGAAUGAUCAAACAAUAAACGGUUGGGGUCGUCCUGUGCGACCACCACCAUCGCAGAUGAACUCUAAAAACCAUAAGAUGCAACAACCGCCACCACAUAUAAAUUCUAAGAAUGAUCAAACAAUAAACGGUUGGGGUCGUCCUGUGAGACCUUCGCCACCACAAAUGGAUUAAUAAAAUCAUGAUAAAGAAGUAAAUAUUUAAAAGUAUGAUAACUAUAUGAUAUGUGUAACUGUCAAACUAAUCAAAUUAAGUAAAUAAAAUGCUAUAAUAA